AUGAUUAUUGGACCUUUAACACAUUUCAGCAGCAACAACACAGCAACCAUGUGGAAAACACCAUGGAGUUUUUCACUCACUGGUAGAUUUUGUUGCUUUCCCAAGGAUCCACUGGACGAAGUUGAGACUUGGAGCGAAUCUGUGGAUAAAGUCCUCAGUAGCAAAGCCGGACAGAUAGCUUUCCGGGAGUUCCUGAAGUCUGAAUACAGCGAGGAGAACAUACUGUUUUGGCUCGCUUGCGAGGACUACAAGAAAAUCAAGACCGUCCCAGAGAUGAUCUCCUCCGCCAACAGCAUCUACUCAGAGUUUGUCCAGACAGAUGCACCCAGACAGAUCAACAUCGACUGCACUACCAGAGAAAACAUCACAAAGAACAUCUCCCAGCCGACCCUGAAUUCCUUUGACACAGCACAGAAGCUGAUCUACAGCUUGAUGGCGAGGGAUUGCUACCCGCGCUUCCUAAAAUCUGACAUCUAUCAGGGACUCCUGAGGAAAGCCGACUCGAGGUGACUGUUCAAAAUGAAAGGCCCCUGUGAAAUUCUCCUGUUGGGCUCUGAUCUGCUGUAGCUUUCUAUGAUGCUGUGUGGAUAACAGGUUUAUGCCAUACCAUCCUCAUUCUAAGCUUAGGAGAUGUAGUUUUGUUUUUCUCAGCCUGUGUGAUUCUGUAGUGAGUUACACCUCCAGAACAUUUAUUAUUUUAACUAUGUUAAGAUAGAGAUAAUAUUUUAGACUGUGCACAUUUCCCUUGAUAAUUCUUUUUCAGAAGUCUAAGAUUAUAUGAACCCAUUUCCUCAUUUUUAAGUAUUAUCACAACUUUGAUUGAUUAUGCCGAAAGAAAUGCUAAUUUGUUUAACAGGUUUUUGUCCUCAUUGUAAUUUGCAAACAUAUAUUCAUGUCUUGGGUUUACUCACAGCUCAAAGUUUCUUUCUGUCUGUGCACUUUAGUUGUUUUUUUUUUUUCUUUCUUUCUUUUUUUAAAGCUUACAACCUGAAUAUAUUCUGCUAGGGUGUGGCUGUUUUGAGUGCAAUGCAAAUUGUGGAUCCUGUCGACAGGGUAGGGGAAAAAAAGUUCACCACUCAAACACUAGGUGGCAGCAGAGUGCUAGAAAUGGAAAAAUGCCUCCUCACUUCCUCUGUGGAAGUCUAAAAGUGUCACAUGUUUGGUUUGCUUGAAUUAAUAAGUAAUAAGAUAUUUUUUACAUGUUUUGAUUUAAAAAAAAAAUGUCUGAAAAUAAACACUUUAAAUUAGAAAAUUAAUUUCACUACAAUAACUUCAAUAUCCUGACACUAUUUAAUACACAUUUAAAUGUGUAAAUAAUUUUGUAAAAGUUGGAUGAUGUUUUAGAAAUCAUACAAUUAUUAAAUGAUUUACAAUAUUUAAUUAUGUUAUCUUGAGUUAUUGAGCUUAAAAUCGCUUACAUCAGACUCUGUGUGUGUGGAAACUUUUCUGUUGACACCUUCAUUUGACUGCAGUAAUGUAAUUGUGAAGGUUUGCCAAUCCAGAGCUUUAAUAAUUUAUCCCAUUGUGAUGAGCAAUAUGAAGUAAUAAAAAUAGUGAAAUAACUGUAAAGUUAUUAAACAAAAUGAAUUAAGGAUUAAAUUAACAGUACUGAUAUGUCACUCAUAUUUAUUUAUACAUACAUAUAUCUUGUCUGUCUGUCCACCAUCUUUAUUACAACCACAUUAUCACAAUUCAGUUAAUUAUCCAAUGUAUUGUUUUGGCAUUACUGGACUACCAUACUUUCAGUAAUUCAAGCUAAAACAUCCAUUUAUUGAAGAAAUUUAUGAAUCAACUCUGUCUCAUUUUAAACUAAGCAGGCGUGCAGCCGAAAACCACUAUGUUGGUGGUCUGGGGGAGAACAGCACACUCAUUAUGAAAAAGUAUCUGAACACAUUGAAAUCAAAACUGCUGAGCUGAUAAGUCUGAUAAGUCACGCUAUGGAUAAAACCCAAUUUUGAUUUAAGAUGAACCAAAGCCAUGGAGAAAUACUACGAGUUCUGGUGUCGUUUCUCGUUUCUUUUUGGAACAUGAUGGAUUUUACAAGCUAAUGUAAUAGGUUAUGCAAACAGAUGCAAAUA